GCGCCACCGCGCGAGUUACAUGUGUACUUCCAUUGUUAUUGUGAUUAUAGUGAUUCUAAUUAUUUAUUAACUACAGAAAGCAUAAUCUCGUCUAGUUUUUUUUUUUUUGUUUACUGGAAAUAUGGAGUGCAGUAGUGGUUGUGGACGUCCUCUAACAGAACAGUUGCUUAUGAAAUGCUAUUACUGUAAACUAGGCUACCACUGUGAGUGUCUGAAUAUUAACCCACAACAAUUCAAGACACUAACUAAGGACUACUUGGCCUCCUGGCAAUGUCCCUCCUGCUGCAACGUUUCUCGCCGACACAAAGCAAACCGUGAAAACACUCCGGUACGAAAUUCAGUUAUUCCGCCUGCUGAGGAAACGGACGCGUCAUCUAAACUCCUUGAACGACAGGCAACUCAUCCAGAAUUUGACCUGCGUAGCUUUACAAAUGAGCUCCAAAAUAUGCUACAAAUAUGGCGCAAAGAAAUCGACGGCAGCUUAAAUAGAAUCAGCGGCGAUAUCAAAAGUGCUUUAUCUGAAGUACAGCUUGAAAUGCAAUCACUGCGGACCGAGCAAGCUAACUUGAAGAGUAGUCUGGCCAGUGUAACCAAGGACAUCACCGAAUUGCAAUCAUCGGCCCAAUUUCAAUCAGAGCAGCGCGAUCGCAUUGAAAAAAAGGUACGUGACCUUGAGGAAUUUAAGAAGGACGCGCUUGGAACAGGUAAUCUCGUUUCUUCCCUGGAAUAUAAAAUCGACUCCCUAGAACAGCAAGCAAGACAAUGCAAUAUUGAAAUUUGUAACGUACCUGACAAACGGAAUGAAAAUCUACUGUCAAUCCUAGAAGCCAUAGGCUCUGUUAUUAAAUAUCCAAUCUCGAACAAAGAUGUAAUCUCGAUUCAUCGAGUCCCACACGCAAAUAAUCAGAACAAUCGCCAGCCUAAAAACAUAAUUGUCAAAUUCACCACUAGGAUUCUGCGUGACAAUAUUCUAAGUGCAUUCCGCAAGGCCCGCGGAGUACGGAGUGAACAGAUUGGUAUUCAAGGUCAGUCGCAAGUCAUCUAUAUGAAUGAGCAUCUUACUCUCAAGAACAAACGACUUUUUCGCGAGUGCCGCGAGGAGGCAAAGAGGCUCAAAUAUAAGUACGUGUGGGUCAAAAAUGCAACUAUUCUCGUCCGAGAAAAUGACACCUCGCCAUCAUUUGCUAUCCGAUCUACUGGAGAUUUUACUAGAUUCAAAAGUCGAGGCACGGACAGAAUGGAAACCUAGUUGCAGUCAAAUAAAACACAUAGGUAUUUUUUGUGCACUGUGUCUCGCUCAUCAUCCGAUUACAGGCCUUAAGAACUACGUAAUAAGGUUUAUCUCUUGUUGGUUUUGUAUGCAUUGUAGGCCUGAAUAUAAAAACAUACCUACCUUACUGCGAUUGUCGAUUGUCACUAGUGAAUAUACUUAUUACCCUGCUGUGUUUAUAAUUUAUUGCUGGUAUUGCCUUCCUUGUACGAUAAUGUUACUAAAAACAUGUUUAUUUUUUUAUUUAGCUAAUUUAACGUAUUCUAAUCACAUUCUCCGUAAAUCAAACCAUACUAUUUGUAAAUGUUACAUAUUAUAUGCUACU